AUGAGCAAUACGGAAACAGAGCCCUUGUUGGACUCGACUUCUCCUGGGUACGACGCGGUGGAUGACUCGAGUCUCGACUCUCCGCUUGAUGCGCUACACUCAGAUUUCCAAAGCAAAUUGCCUGGAGUGCCAUCCCAUCGCAAAGCGCUCAACUGGUCUAGCGCAUAUAUACUAGUUAUUUCGCGUGUUAUUGGGAGCGGCGUGUUUGCGACCCCGGGAUCAAUCGUCAAGUCGGCCGGAAGUAUCGGAUUAACGCUAUUAUUAUGGCUGGUCGGAACAAUCUUAGCAGCCUGUGGAAUGGCCGUAUCAAUGGAAUUUGGAUGUAUGCUCCCUCGUUCUGGUGGAGACAAGGUAUACUUGGAGUACGCUUAUCCCAGGCCUAAAUUUCUCGCGUCUACCCUCAUCGCGGUACAAGCAGUACUAUUAGGCUUCACAGCUAGCAACAGCAUUAUUUUUGCAAAAUACACACUGUUCGCAUUUAACAUCGAACCGAGCGAGUAUCAACACAAGGCACUCGCUGUUGGCCUUUUAACCCUCAUCACCAUUGUGCAUGGCUGCUUCCUCAAAACCGGAAUAUGGAUCCAGAAUAUCCUCGGAUGGGUCAAAAUCUUCCUUAUUAUGGCCAUGUCUUUAACUGGAAUUUGGGUCAUUCUUCUGCGCCCCUACGAUGAAUCGCUCGGUGAAUCCGAUCGUGCGGUCACUAACAAUCCUUUCGCAUGGGAUACAUUAUGGGAAGGCUCCAACUGGAGUUGGAGCUUGAUCUCAACAUCAAUCUUCAAGAUCUUCUAUUCAUAUGCGGGACUGAACAAUGUGAACAACGUCCUCAAUGAAGUCAAAGACCCGAUCAAGACGGUGAAGACGGUUUGCCCAGCAGGACUUCUGACUGCGGGCGGUCUUUACUUCCUAGCAAACAUAUCCUACUUCCUUGUAGUUCCUCUUGACGAGAUCAAGAACAGUGGUGAACUUGUUGCGGGCCUUCUUUUUGAGCGACUAUUUGGGGCACAUGUGGGCCGAGUGCUUUUCCCGUUGGCCAUCGCCAUUUCCGCGGCCGGAAAUGUCAUGGUCGUGACCUUUGCUCUGGCUCGUGUGAACCAAGAAAUCGCUCGUCAGGGCUUUCUACCGUGGUCGCACCUUCUGUCCUCAUCGCGACCUUUUAACUCUCCACUUGGAGGACUUCUUGUGCACUAUGUACCAUCUAUUCUUGUGAUUUCCCUCCCACCGCAAGGAGAUGUUUACAACUUCAUCUUGGACGUCGAGGGUUAUCCCGGACAGAUCUUUGCCUUGGCAAUCACGGUCGGCCUUCUCAUUGUCCGACGGCGGGAACCAUCCCUUCACCGUCCGUUUAAGGCGUGGAAUUGGGCGAUAUGGUUACGUAUCGUGGUCUGCAUUGCUUUACUAGCAGCUCCUUUCUUCCCUCCACCGGAUUGGAACGGAGAUGUGCAUUUCUUCUAUGCCACGUAUGCUAUUGUUGGAGCUGGGGUGGUUUUAUUUGGCAUCUUGUAUUGGUACAUAUGGACAGUUCUACUUCCGCGCUGGGGGGAUUAUCAACUGGAGGAGGAGAAAGCCGUACUGGAAGAUGGAACGGGCAUUACAAAGCUUGUUCGCUCGUAUAGAAUCACCUAA